AGCUAGGCGAUCUGAUCAGCUAUCGAGACUCAUGGUGUGCAAAGCAAGAGAGUGACGGUCAACCCCAGCGUGUGUCAGAGAUCACAAUGUGGAAACUGUUCCGUGAUAUGGUGCUUGCUCUUAACUACUUACACAGCGAGCUUGGAACUCGUUAUGUUCAUAACGACUUCAAACCAACAAACAUCUUAGCGGUAGUACCGUCAGACCAGACUGGAUUUCAAGCGAUACCUGAGGAGCCAGUUUUUAAGCUCUCGGACUUUGCUCGCCUCACGCCUUGGCCAACACCGAAAGGUAUUCAUGAUGAGCCCUUUGGCGGUACUCCUGAGUUUGCACCACCUAGAUCAGAACAAGCCUCCCCUAUACAUCCCUCAGCAGAUAUUUGGGGUCUCGGCGCCACUCUGCAAUACAUGGCUCUAGGUAUUGUACCGAUACAGUCACAAGAGGUGUUCAUUCGAAGUCGCAAAGCAAAAGGUGAGACGCAUCCCCGACUCGGAAAUCAUGCCGAAUGGAUGUCCCGAUACUGGCGUAUUCGGAUUCCCACUAUCUUCAGGCCAAUCAGCGUGCCAUCAGAAGUGCUGCAAAAGCACUAUGACUUACCUUACGAGCUACCAGACUAUCAGCAGUACAGUGCGCUCUUGGGCUUCUGGUAUGCACAGCUAUGGAAGCCUGUGCAGACUCGUCCUCAAGCUUGAGCGCACACAGCAAAUAUGUCAUGAUGAGGACUGAGAUGUAGUCAGUGGAUGGCAAACAAUGAACAGAACUUCCAUGUUUGAUCUAGCUUGACCUUGUUCCAAAAUUAUGAUUGUGUCUC